GUCUCAGCUGGUGUGGUUUGUUCUCCCCCCAGAACUACCCCCUGUACAUCCGCAGUGUUCCCACCGAGAAUGAGCUCAAGUUCCACUACACUGUGCACACUUCCCUGGAUGUGGUGGACGAGAAGAUCUCAGCCAUGGGCAAAGCCCUUGUGGACCAGAGGGAGCUGUACCUGGGGCUCCUCUAUCCCACUGAAGACUACAAGGUCUAUGGCUACGUGACCAACUCGAAGGUGAAGUUUGUCAUGGUGGUGGAUUCGUCCAACACAGCCCUUCGGGACAACGAGAUCCGCAGUAUGUUCAGAAAGCUUCACAACUCCUACACAGACAUCAUGUGUAACCCCUUCUACAACCCUGGUGACCGUAUCAACUCCAGGGCCUUUGAUAACAUGGUGAACUCCAUGAUGAUGCAGGUGUGCUGAACCCUCCUCAUCCCACUGUUGGGAGCAUCCUCUGUGUACAGGGCAGUGCCUGCAGUGAUGUACAUAUUGUCUUCAGUCUGUGUCCUAUGUUAAAUGUAUUCUCUGUAAAAUAAACUUAAUGCCUGCAA